AUGCCUGCCAUCGCCCCCGUGGCUCCGCACACAGGAUUUGAGCCCCUUACCCUCCGCGGCCCUACCGGCGGCGACAUCGCGGCCCAUGUGCUAGCCGCCAUCUCUCGAGCAAGCAGCGUAGUCGACACGCAUCAGUCCGCGGCAGUGCCAUCACAGCUCUCGCUCAAGGGCCUCUUGCAGAGCGAAAACGUGCAGAUGGUAUCUAUCCCUCCAAUUUCCAGCCCCCAGGUGGCCAACGUUGUGCUAACUCCGAAUGCCCAGAUUCAGGAGAACCUCGCCGCCCUCGCCCGGUUCGCUGAUCAUCUCCCCCUCGACGUCGAUGCCGCCGCGCCUCGCGUCUCCAACGACGAGCUCCUCAUCAUGGGAAACCUAGUACGGGAUAUCUCCGCUAGCCUGGAGAAGAUUGAGUCGCUGCGCGCCGACGAGGACGAGGUUCUGCCCUUUGUCGCCGACAAGUAUGUGCCGAUGCGGCCCAUGUCGUCGAUCGCGCGGAGAAGGCGCAAGGAGAAGAAGAAACUGAAAAUAGCACACAAGUGCCACAGUUGCAAACGUCUCGACACGCCGCAAUGGCGACCCGGUCCCGACGGCCCUCGCACGCUCUGCAACGUCUGCGGCUUGAUUUACACUAAGAGACAACAGAGACAAGCUGAGCAAGUAAUGCGCCCUUCACGAGACGAGUAA